AUGGAGUGUGCCUUUGACAUGGCCCAGCAUGCACUGGAGUGUGGAGAGGUUCCAGUGGGAUGCGUGGUAGUGCACGGUGGAGAAAUCAUUGCCAGAGGGUGCAAUGAAGUCAACAAGACUCUCAAUGCCACAAGACAUGCGGAGAUGGUUGCAAUAGAUGAAUUGGUGGAUUAUUCAAAAGAGCAAAAAGACUCUUUGACUAGCAUAUGCAGUCGUUCGACUAUCUACGUGACUGUGGAGCCCUGUGUCAUGUGUGCAUAUGCUCUGAGACUUGUUGGACUAUGCAGGGUGGUGUAUGGGUGUAGUAAUGAACGAUUUGGUGGCUGUGGAAGUGUGCUGGAUGCCCACUCCAGAGAACUGAAAUAUAGCUGCUCUGCUGUCUAUGGAACUAAUAUCUUACCUGCUCUUCAGUGCUCUGCUGGAGUUAUGAAAGAGAGAGCUGUAAGCACCCUGCAAAAAUUCUAUGAAGGAGAAAAUCCAACUGCUCCAAAACCCAAGUCCAAGAAAAAAAGGUAUCCAAAAAACAGAACAGCUUAG